AUGGGGCAGCAGGUGGGCCGCGUCGGGGAGGCUCCGGGGCUUCAGCAGUCGCAACCCCGCGGGAUCCGGGGCAGCAGCGCAGCCAGGCCCUCCGGUCGCAGGCGGGACCUGGUGGGGCGCACCGCAGAGGCCGGCUUCAAUAUCUUCACCCAGCAUGAUCACUUUGCCAGCUGUUUGGAGGAUGGAUUUGAGGGAGACAAGACUGGAGGCAGUAGUCCAGAAGCCUUGCACCGCCCCUACGGUUGUGAUGUUGAACCCCAGGCCCUGAACGAAGCCAUCAGGUGGAGCUCCAAGGAGAACCUGCUUGGAGCCACCGAGAGUGACCCUAAUCUCUUUGUUGCACUUUAUGAUUUUGUAGCAAGUGGUGAUAACACACUCAGCAUCACUAAAGGUGAAAAGCUCCGAGUCCUUGGUUACAACCAGAAUGGUGAGUGGAGUGAAGUUCGCUCUAAGAAUGGCCAAGGCUGGGUGCCAAGCAACUACAUCACCCCUGUGAACAGCCUGGAGAAACAUUCCUGGUACCAUGGACCUGUGUCCCGGAGUGCGGCAGAAUACCUACUCAGCAGUCUCAUCAAUGGCAGCUUCCUGGUGCGAGAGAGCGAGAGCAGCCCCGGGCAGCUGUCAAUCUCGCUCAGGUACGAGGGGCGUGUGUAUCACUACAGGAUCAACACCACCGCAGAUGGCCAGGUGUAUGUAACUGCUGAGAGCCGCUUCAGCACUUUGGCCGAGCUUGUUCACCAUCACUCCACGGUGGCUGAUGGGCUGGUGACAACACUACACUAUCCAGCGCCCAAGUGUAAUAAGCCUACAGUCUAUGGUGUGUCCCCCAUCCAUGACAAAUGGGAAAUGGAACGAACAGACAUUACCAUGAAGCACAAACUUGGGGGUGGUCAGUACGGAGAGGUUUACGUUGGCGUCUGGAAGAAAUACAGCCUUACGGUUGCUGUGAAAACAUUGAAGGAAGAUACUAUGGAGGUGGAGGAAUUUCUCAAGGAAGCUGCAGUGAUGAAGGAAAUCAAGCAUCCUAACCUGGUACAGCUAUUAGGUGUGUGUACCUUGGAGCCACCAUUUUACAUUGUGACUGAAUACAUGCCUUAUGGGAACUUGCUUGAUUAUCUCCGAGAAUGCAACAGAGAAGAGGUGACUGCAGUUGUACUGCUUUACAUGGCCACUCAGAUCUCUUCUGCAAUGGAGUAUUUAGAGAAGAAGAAUUUCAUCCAUAGGGAUCUUGCAGCUCGUAACUGCCUGGUGGGAGAAAACCAUGUGGUAAAAGUGGCUGACUUUGGCUUAAGUAGAUUGAUGACUGGAGACACCUAUACUGCUCACGCUGGAGCCAAAUUUCCUAUUAAAUGGACAGCACCAGAGAGUCUUGCCUACAAUACCUUCUCAAUUAAAUCUGAUGUCUGGGCGUUUGGGGUGCUCUUAUGGGAAAUUGCUACAUAUGGAAUGUCACCAUAUCCAGGUAUUGACCUGUCUCAGGUCUAUGAUCUGCUAGAAAAAGGAUAUAGAAUGGAACAGCCUGAAGGAUGUCCCCCUAAGGUGUAUGAACUUAUGAGGGCAUGCUGGAAGUGGAGCCCUGCCGACAGGCCCUCAUUUGCUGAAACACAUCAAGCUUUUGAAACCAUGUUCCAUGACUCCAGCAUUUCUGAAGAGGUUGCUGAGGAGCUUGGGCGGGCCGCCGCCUCCUCUUCUGUGGUUCCGUAUCUGCCCCGAUUGCCUCUACUUCCUUCCAAGACCCGGACGCUGAAGAAGCAGGGGGAGAACAAGGAGAACAUUGAGGGGGCACAAGAUGCCGCAGAGAAUUCUGCUUCCAGUUCAGCACCAGGGUUCAUUAGAAGUGCACAGGCCCCCAGUGGGUCCCCAGCACUGCCUCGAAAGCAGAGAGACAAGUCACCCAGCAGCCUCUUGGAAGACGCCAAAGAGACAUGCUUCACCAGAGAUAGGAAGGGAGGCUUCUUCAGCUCCUUUAUGAAAAAGAGAAACGCUCCCACACCCCCCAAACGCAGCAGCUCCUUCCGAGAAAUGGAGAACCAGCCCCACAAGAAAUACGAACUGACGGGUAACUUCUCAUCUGUUGCUUCUCUGCAGCAUGCUGAAGGGUUCUCUCUCACUCCUGCCCAGCAAGAAGCGAGUCUGGCGCCACCCAAGUGCUAUGGGGGUAGCUUUGCACAGAGGAACCUCUGUAAUGACGACGGUGGUGGGGAUGGGGGCAGUGGCGCUGCUGGGGGCGGGUGGUCUGGCAUUACAGGCUUCUUUACACCACGCUUAAUCAAAAAGACACUGGGCUUACGAGCAGGUAAACCCACAGCCAGUGAUGACACUUCCAAGCCUUUUCCAAGGUCAAACUCUACAUCUUCCAUGUCCUCAGGGCUUCCAGAGCAGGAUAGGAUGGCAAUGACCCUUCCCAGGAACUGCCAGAGGUCCAAACUCCAGCUGGAAAGGACAGUGUCCACCUCUUCUCAGCCAGAAGAGAAUGUGGACAGGGCCAAUGACACGCUUCCAAAAAAAUCAGAGGAAGGUGCCGCUCCGACCAGGGAGAGACCAAAAGCCAAACUUUUGCCCAGAGGAGGCACCGGUCUUCCUCUCAGAACCCCCUCUGGGGAUCCAGCCACUACAGAGAAGGAUUCUCCAGGGUUGGGGGUGGCUGGAGUGGCAGCUGCCCCCAAGAGCAAGGAGAGGAAUGGUGGGGCACGACUUGGCAUGGCUGGAGUCCCAGAGGAUGGCGAGCAGGCCUGCUGGGCUUCUCCAGCCAAGACUGCUGCGGUCCUCCCGACCACUCAUAACCACAAAGUGCCCGUCCUUAUCUCGCCCACUCUGAAGCACACUCCAGCUGACGUGCAGCUCAUUGGCACAGACUCUCAGGGGAAUAAAUUCAAGCUCUUAUCAGAGCAUCAGGUCACUUCCUCUGGAGACAAGGACCGACCCCGCCGGGUAAAACCAAAGUGUGCCCCACCCCCACCACCAGUGAUGAGACUACUGCAGCAUCCGUCCAUGUGCUCAGACUCCACGGAAGAGCCGAUCGCCCCGACUGCAGUCCAGCCCAAGUCAGAAACACAGGACGGGGGGAAAAAGGCGGCUCCAGGGGCGGUGCCCAUCAGUGGGAAAGCUGGGAGGCCUGUGAUGCCUCCACCUCAAGUGCCUCUCCCCACAUCUUCCAUCUCGCCAGCCAAAAUGGCCAAUGGCACAGCAGGUACUAAAGUGGCUCUGAGAAAAACCAAACAGGUGGCCGAGAAAAUCUCAGCCGGCAAAAUCAGCAAGGAGGCCCUGCUGGAAUGUGCAGACCUACUGUCCAGUGCAAUCACGGAACCUGUGCCCAACAGCCAGCUGGUGGACACUGGCCACCAGCUGCUCGACUACUGCUCAGGCUAUGUGGACUGCAUCCCCCAAACUCGCAACAAAUUUGCCUUCCGAGAGGCUGUGAGCAAACUGGAACUCAGCCUGCAGGAGCUGCAGGUGUCUUGCACAGCCGCUGGCGUGCCCGGGGCAAACCCUGUCCUUAACAACUUACUGUCGUGUGUGCAGGAAAUCAGUGAUGUGGUGCAGAGGUAG